AUGGACCGUCGUCCUUCGGAUUUUCCGCUGUUGCGUAGCAGCCCGCAUCCAGAAUUCGAGCCAUCAGCGCCAAGUCCGGAAUCGGUUGCUGCUUCGCCGAUGCUGAUUUCUUCUCGGACAUCGGAGUGCGGUGAUCCUCCUAUAGAGAGUGAUGAGGGUUACGGUAUAUCGGAUAGCGGUGAGACAAGUCGUCGUUCGACAAUCAGCAGAAUGGAUAUGGUAGAGCUGAGUCGUGACCUGGAGGCACAACGACGUUUUGGUUCGACGGAGAAUCGUGAUGCGCCGAUCGUCGUUCACAAUGUGAAUCGAGACGGCUCUAAAGAUGACGACUCUAAGCAGCUGCUGUAUGGGGAAGCGGUUGAAUUGUUGAAACGAUGUCGUAAACAAGAGCGUCAGCUACGUGAAAUGCAGAAGAAUUACGAUAACCUUCUUAGCGUUAAUAAGCAAAUUAAAGAAACUUAUGUGAAAAUCUAUGCCAAAGCCGAGCAGGAAGAAGAGUAUAUUUCGAACAUUUUGCUAAAAAGGAUACAAAAGUUGAAGAACGACAAGGAGACAUUAGCUCAGAAGUAUGAGCAAGAAGAAGAAUUCCUUACGAACGAUUUGAUGAGAAAAAUCAAGCAGAAUCCUGCGCGGCUAGGGGCUACGAUCAAGUCGAUAUCCUCGACGCUGUCCCUGGUACUACCGAUUUUCGGUGCCAUACAGUUACAAUCCGAACGCGAUGUGUUGGAGGGAAAUGUGAAAAGUGAGCAAGCCAGUGUGAUCGACAGCCUUCUGACGACAAUUCGUCGCAUGGAAAGUGAAAUGGCUGCCGGGCGGAAGAACAUGGAUCGUAUGCGCAAGGAGAAAAUCGAUCAGGAGAACGCUCUGGAACACGAACAGGAGCUUUUAUUCAACACCCUCGGAAAGCAAAUGGAUCAGUUGAAUCAAGAGAAAAGUGAAAACAACGAGCGAGGACCGAUGGAUAGUGCAAGUCGAAGCGGUUCCGAAGUUGCUAGGUUACGUUCUCAUCUCAGACGUGUGGAGCAUCAGUUGGCUGAAGUGCGAGAGAGGGAGUCAAACAAAGCAGCUCAAAUACGUCAACUCGAAGACGUUAUCAGCACCUUGCGCAAGGAGAAAAACGAAAUGUCGCGAAAUAUCGAAGUAGCUGUAUCGAGAUUCUCGACGAAAAUGGAUUCAAUGACAUCACUCAUACGACCUGACUUGAUGGGGCCACCUUGUGUUCCUCAACAUUCGUCUUCUCGUCACGCUGAUGGCAAUGUCUCCGAUAUGGAUGACAGCAGUUCACGAGGAUCACUAUCGCAAUCUGAUUUCAGUAUGAAC